AUGAUAUCCUGUCCUACAUUUCUUUCUUUCUUUCUUUCUUUCUUUCUUUCUUUCUUUCUUUCUUUCUUUCAUGAUCUCCAGUCAUACCUUUCUUUCUUUCUUUCUUUCUUUCUUUCUUUCUUUCUUUCUUUCUUUCUUUCUUUCAUGAUAUCCUGUCCUCUCUUCUACACAAUAGCUAUUUCUCUUGUUCCAUUUUGUCUCUCUUUCUCUAGUUUUGUUCUCCUUCUCCUUUCUUUUCUCUUUUCCUUUAACACUUUCACUCACUCUCUCCCUCUCUCUCUAUCUCUCUCUCUUUCUCUCUUCAAUUCUAAUUUGUUGACUUUCCUCUUCAUUUUUACUUUCGUUCAUUUUUAUACUUUUCUUUCUAUCUCAUCCUCACUCUCUCUCUCUCUCUCUCUCUCUCUCUCUUGUCGUUAUCACCAUUAUAUUUUAUCUGAUCAAACUUUGCAUGCCCUAAAUGGAGCUUCCUUCAGCCCGACAUGUACACCCACGAGGCCACCACUGUCACCUUCUUCUUCUUCUUCUUCUUCUUCUUCUUCUUCUUCUUCUUCUUCUUCUUCUUCUUCUUCUCUUUCCUCGCUCUACUUCUAUCUUUUCCUCUUUUUUCUUCUAUGUUCUUCCGAUCAGUUUGUAGUGGGGGAUUUUCUUUACGGCCAUUCGGGUUCUUUUCUUUCUAUCCUCUCAUUUUCUUCAUCAUUUCUUCUUCCUCCUCUUCUUUCUCCUCUACGUCUUCACCCUCUUAUUAUUAAUGUUAUUAUUUCUCCUCCUUCUCGUCAUCCUUUUUUCUUCUUCCUCUUUUUCUUCUUUCUUUUUUUCUUCUUCUUCUUCUUCUUCUUCUUCUUCUUCUUCUUCUUCUUAUUUCUCCUCUUUUUCUUCGCCAUCUUCUUUUCUCCUUUUCUUCUUUUUCAUCCUCUUCUUCUUAUUUAUCCUUUUUUUCUUCUCCGCCCUUUUCCUUCUUUUUUUUUCUUCUGUCCCCCCUUUUUCUUCUUCAUCCUCUUCUUAUUUCUUCUCCUCUUUUUCUUCCUUUUUCAUCCUUCAUUUAUUAUUUCUCCUCUUCUAUUACUCCUUCACUACCUUCUUAUUAUUUCUCCUCUUUUCUUCUUCUUCUUCUUCUUCUUUUUUUCUACCUCUUCUUCUUCUUUGUUUUCACUUUUUUCUUCAUCCUCUUCUUGUUAUUUCAACUCUUUUUCUUCGUCUUUCUUUUUCCUCUUUUCUCCACCUCUUUCUUCUUCUUCUCCUUCUUCUUCUUCUUCUUCUCCGUCUUCUUCUUCUUCUUCUUCUUCUUCUCCGUCUUCUUCUUCUUCUUCUUCUUAUUAUUAUUAUUAUUAUUAUUAUUAUUAUUUCUCUCCCUUUUCUUCGUUCUUUCUCUUCCUCCUCUUAUUUCUUAACUUCUUAUUCUUGACCCCUUCUUCAUAUCAUUUCUCCUCCAUUUUCUUUCUCUUCUUCUUCUUCGUUCUCUUUUUUCUUCAUCCUCUUCUUGUUAUUUCUCCUCUUUUUCUUCGCCCUUCUUCUUCUGCCUCUUUUCCUUCUUUCUUCUUCUUCUUCUUCUUCUUCUUAUUGUUAUUAUUAUUAUUAUUAUUUCUCUCCCUUUUCUUCGUUCUUCCUCCUCCUUCUCUUAUUAUUUCUCCUGCUUCUUAUUCUUCACCCCUUCUGCAUAUCAUUUCUCCUCCUUUUUCUUUGCCUCCUUCUUCUUCUUCCUCUUCUUCCUUCUCUUUUUUCUUCGUCCUCUUUUUGUUAUUUCUCCUCUUUUUCUUCGUCCUUCUUCUUCUUCUGCUUCUUUUCCUUCUUCCUCUUCUUCUUCUUCUUCUUCUUCUUCUACUACUACUACUACUACUACAAUUGUUAUUCCUUCGUCUUUAUUUGAUGCCAACAUGCAAGCCCCUGCUGUUGCAAUUGGUUUCUAUCUAUCUAUCUAUCUAUCUAAGUUUCCUCAUAUCUACCUACCUAUCUAUCUAUCUAUCUAUCUAUCUAUCUAUCUAUCUAUCUCAUUCUUUUCAGAAUUUUCUAUUUUCUUUCCUUCCUUGUGAGCAUUCCUCGCUCAAUCUAUCUAUCUAUCUAUCUAUCUAUCUAUCUAUCUAUCUAUCUAAGUAUUUUCAUAUCUAUCUAUCUAUCUAUCUAUCUAUCUAUCUAUCUACAUCUAUUCACAUCUAUCAGAUCUCAACCAGUUUACAAUUAUCUCCUAUAUAUGUGUUUGCUUAUGUGUUAUUAUUAUUAUUAUUAUUUAAAUAUAAUUCGGACAUUAUCAUAUCAUGA